UUGCUCACUCUGCUCAUUGAAACCUAGACUGAAGCCAUUGACAACGCUCACAUUUGUUGACGACCUUGCUCUGCACAGCUCAGAUUCAUCGUGUGAGCCCUUGCACACGGUGACGAUACAUGUGUUCUAAAGGUCACCGGUGUCGUCGCUCACCGCUCUCAGAAUUGAGACCGGUGUUACGUGGAAAAUCUUCAGUCCCAGGUCAUCCGGGAAACCCGCUGACUACGUUGAAUAGAGCGCUAGAACAACAGACCUGCGUUGCACGGCUCAUGGACAAUGACAGAGGAGAUGGUUCUGGUGGAGAGAGGGGGAGAGAACGGCGAGAUAACUAUGAGAGAGAGCAAGAAACCCACGGUGACUGGUUUCGUACAACGUACAGGUACGUGUACACUGGUACCGCGGUACAUUUGCACGGUACCGCGACCUAUCUAUGUGUUUUUUUUUUUUCAAAUUUUCUAAGAGGGAUCGUCGACGAGGACCGCACAAAGCUCAGCUUUAGGAUCAACUCGUCGACCGUAAGCGACCAGAUUGAGAUGAUGACUGAAGAAAAGGAACGGAGGAAAACGAAAGGAAGCGAAGAUUGGACUUUGGAAAGUAUGGAAGGGCGGACGAUCCUAGAUCGUCGUUUGUGGAAACGUGGUGCCAAUCAAUCCGAUGCGCCGAAUGCGCCGAAGCGUGAAGCCGGUCCAGUCGUACAUUUAGUUGACCCGGUGAAGACGCCGAGAGAUAUAGACCUGAGCAGCCGAACUGACACGAAGGCCAGAGCGAGACGAAGAAGAAGACCGUGACGAAGUUGUUGCCCAGCAGGAGGAAGAGAGGAGAAGAGAGGAGGAGAGAGGAAAUGAAGACCGCGUCAAGAGAGGGAGAGAAGAGAGACGAGGGAAAUCAAAUGGGUCGCCACUUUACAUCCGGCGAAUGUGAAGACCGGA